UGAGGUUCACACACACUGUUACCUUCCCAGGGUCAUUUUGGAUUUCAGUAGUCACUAAUAAACCUAGCAAAUGUUAGAAUGGUUAUAUAUUUUACGUACGGGUUGCUGUUUGCGUACUUUGCUUUGCCUGGAAUCUUAUUUGGGGAUUUAGCUUUCCGAUGCCCAAGCUGCACCUCAGAGGAUUUAGCUUUGUGUCCCAAAGAGACACCAGAAUGUGAAUUGGUGAGGGAGCCGGGCUGCGGCUGCUGUCCAAUGUGUGCCAGGCAGGAGGGGGAGCUUUGUGGGGUCUACACGCCGAGGUGCUCCACUGGCCUGAGGUGCUACCCGAGCACAGACGCUGAAUUACCUUUGCAACAGCUCAUCCAGGGUUUAGGUCGAUGUGAACCAAAAGUGCCAUUCAAUGACACACAAAGUCAGGACCAACAGGCAACGAAUGAGGUGCACGGGACUGAGAAUCCACAUACCAAGAGACCUGUCUCAGACGUUUGGUUCUGGCAUGAGUUCGCCAAGUAUCAACAGUUGAAGGACCACAAAACCAAGAUGAGGACACAUCAAGAAGAGGACCAGCGAACCCAGAAAGAGCCCAAGAGUGCCUGUCAGCAGGAGCUGGACAAGGUCUUGGAGGAGAUCUCCAAAAUGACCUCUGAGGAUCAGAGAGGCCCGCUGGAGAACCUGUACGAGCUCAAAUUUCCAAACUGUGACAGACAUGGAUUGUACAACCUCAAACAGUGCAACAUGUCCAGCCACGGCCAGCGGGGCGAGUGCUGGUGCGUUGACCCCUUAACUGGGGUCCAGAUUCCGGCGACGCCUAAAGUCAGAGGGGAUCCCAACUGUACAGUAACCUUCCACUAGCUCAGCUUGUCCAUCGUGAACAGGGUCAAGUUUUCUUCGAAAUUCAGAACCUGGUAGGAUUUUGCUAUUAAAAGGGUUAUUCUGUCAACAUGUGAAACAACAAAGUGAAAAGACCAAAGGCAACAACACAUUCGUCCAUCUUUUCCUUACUUUGUCUGUGGGACUCAGACUCAAGCUCAUUUAUUUCUACCAAAGAUAUCUCAUUUUAAAAACAGAGGAGCAGAUAUAUAGUGUCAUUUCUUAAAAAAAAAAAAAAAAAAAAAAAAAAAAAAAGCCUGUCACUGUGGAUUUUAA